GGGUAGAGUCAGCCCUUUUGGACAUGUAAGCACUUUUGGCCACCUAAAGUAAAAUCAUAUUGUAAGGCAAUUAUGAGUCUAUUUAGAACAGGUAAAUGGGUCUUAUUUCGUGACCUCUAAUCUAACGAAUCAGAAAACCAUAUUUGAUUUUGUAUCGACUUGAUUAAUUCUAAGUUAUUGAAAGAAGUUCUCGACAAGGUAAACAAUUACUAAAAAAAAAAACAUGGGAUUCUUAAGAAACUUGUUAAUGUUAAGAGAAAUUGUUUUGCAUUAUUUCAUAUUUUUGAUGAAAAUAUUUGAUGUUAUUCAAUGAAAGUCCAUUUCUUAAUUAACUAAAUUUUAUUGUGAUAUCAUUCUUAAUAAGAUUUUCUAACAAACUAAAUGAAAAUCGCAUGUGGCUAAAAGAGCUUACUUUUUUCGGCUGUGUAAGUACUUUUGGCCAUUCAUUUUCCCAUACAUUUUACACGUGGCGCACCUCGCGGAUUUCAGUAAAAACAAUCAUGACUUUGGACUGAUUUUUACAUCGAAUAGAAAAUGUGCAAAAGGUCGUUUAAAAUACUCUAAUAAUCACAUAAAAUUGGUGUUAAAUAAAAAUAGGACAUGUGCUGUGUAUUUGUGAAAGUUUUCGAGAGCUAUUUCUUCUGUUAUUUUAUUAAAAUUCUAUUGGAAACAAGUGGCCAAAAGUGCUUACAAAGUGGGCAAAAGUACUGAAACAUGCAUAGUUGUAUAAAAUGUAUUUUCACUAAAAUAUCCAAAAAAUUUUGGGAAUUCUCUUGGAUUUUUAGGGAGAAACAGCUUUAAGGAAUCGACUAAUUGAAGCAUUUUAUGACGACGAAGGACUUCCACCAACACAAUAAAUGCAAUCGUCUGCAGAAGUGGAUGGUGCUUCAGGUGUGAAGAGAACUACACACAGAAAUCCAAAUGCCAAUGGGAAAAUUUCGUCGUGGUGACCAGACUAGAGAUUGCUCUUUAAAAUUUCCCUUGGAUAUUCUAUGGCUCCCUAAAUCUGCUAUCAUGAAGCCUGUCGGGCAAGAUAUUUCACACUCCGAAUAUAUUCUCGUGGUUGGAAUUUCCAAACCAAAAUUGGCAGCUCUCUUUCUCUCUGUCAUGAUUAUUUCGCUUUUUUUCACCUUCCAUGUAUUAUACGAUCGAGCUGUAUUCAGUAUGCAGGUAACACCAACAAUAUCCGAAGGAAGUGGGGAAUAUUCAAUGGGAAAUAGGCGCACUGUUUUGGCUGAUGAUAAUAGUAUUGUCAUCAAUCAUCCCAUUGUUGUGCCCAAUCGAGUUCAUUUCCCCAAAACGGGUCGACGUCUGCCUCAGGCGUUGAUAAUUGGGGCGAAAAAGUGUGGCACGAGGGCACUACUGGAGAUGCUGAAUCUGCAUCCGGAAAUACAAAAGGCCAAUGAGGAGGUGCAUUUUUUCGAUAGGGAUGAGAAUUAUGUGAAGGGAUUGGAGUGGUAUCGGAAAAAGAUGCCACAUUCCUUUAAUGGGCAAAUCACCAUUGAGAAGAGUCCAAGCUAUUUUAUCACACCUGAAGUACCUGAACGUGUUAGAGCGAUGAAUGCUAGUGUUAAACUAUUAUUAAUUGUUAGAGAGCCAGUCACAAGAGCAAUAUCAGACUACACUCAGCUGAGAAGUCACUCAGCCACAGCAACACUCCCCCAGCAGCAAGGAACAACGAGCGGUGGUGUUGCUCCAUCGUCACAGGUGUAUCGAAAUUUCGAGGAACUUGCUCUUUUACCCAACGGAUCCGUCAAUGAGUCUUAUCGUCCAUUGGCAAUAUCCAUGUACCACUUGCACUUGCAUCGAUGGCUUGAGGUAUUUCCGCGUGAGCAGAUGAUGAUUGUGAAUGGUGAUCAAUUGAUUGACGAACCACUGUCGCAAUUGACAAGAAUAGAAACAUUCUUGGGCAUUCAGCAUAGGAUAACGAGUCACAAUUUCUUCUACAAUGCCACCAAAGGAUUCUUCUGUUUACGCAAUGAGUCAAAUGAUAAAUGUCUGAGGGAAAGCAAAGGACGAAAGCAUCCACAUGUGGAUCCAGCUGUUAUUAGUAAAUUACGUCACUUCUUUGCUGAUCACAAUCAAAAGUUCUAUGAGUUGAUUGGUGAGGAUUUAGGAUGGCCCGAAGAUUAGAUUAAUGAUUCAUUGCGGGGGGUAUAGUUGAGGGCCAAAAAAAAUAAAUAAAUCAAGUCAAAAUCAGUUAUCUUCCUUUUAUCAUCAUGCCAUAUAUUUAUGUAUGGUUUCAAGCAAUUUUUCGAUUUUAAUCAUAAAAUCAAUGAGCGCUGUCAGAAAAUUUGAUACAAGAAAAGUUGAUAAUCGAAUGAGAAUGUAAAAGAAGGGCCAUGUGAAUCUGUCUAUUAGGUUUUUUUAUUCACUCUCAAAUGUCACAAUAAAAGAAAAUCGUAGUAAAAGAUAAAAAUUUACAGAGUAAAAAAGAAUUUUAGCUAAUAAUUGCAGUGAAAAAAAAAAGAAA